AAAAAAAAAAAAAAAAAAAGAAUUAACGAGUUUAAUAUCUUGUGUGAAAAUUGAUUCAUAUUAUUUUUGGCAAAAGCAAAAAAAAUUAAUUUUUUUUUAUCAAUUUAAGCCCUGGAUGUUUUGACGUUUCUACUGAUUCGUGACCGAGAAACAACGACAGAGAGAGUAUGAGAAAUCAAUUAUGGGUUUGAAGAAACAGAGGAGCAAAAACAAGCUAAACCGAAGACCCAAAGGUACGUUAAUUUAAAUUUAAAUUGACAGUUGCUUUUUGAAGCGUUUAGAUUUCAUUUCCAACAUGAUUUCGCAGCCGCAGCAAUUCAAUUUUAUUAUCAAGAUUGGACUUGUAAGCAAUGGAGAGGCAUUAGAAAGAAAUAAAAAAAAAUGUAGUUAGGAUCUGGAAUUCGUUAAUGUUGAAAUUUCAGCAUGGAAUCCAAAUCACCUUCAAAAGUUAAGCUGCCAAUUAUGGGUUUCGCUAGGUAUAAACGGGUUUUGAGAAUAUGUGCAGCUAUUGUAGUGAUUUUGCUGUUAUUGGUUGCUGGUUAUUUUGCAUUUGAGUAUAGGAGACCUCGUGAUUUAGCAAAAAGAGAUUAUUUCACUGUUGUUGUGGAUUGUGGAAGCACUGGAACGCGAGUGAAUGUCUAUAAGUGGAAAAUUAGAAGUUCAUCAUGUAACUGGGAUUUGCCUAUUUUGGAGCAUACUUACCCUGAUAAUUCAACUGAGAGUUUGUUUUCUGGAAGUUCUUGUAAAUAUCAUUGUAUGCAGACAGAGCCAGGUUUAGAUAAGUUUGCUGGUAAUUCUACAGGAGUGAGAGUAUCAUUGGAACCAUUGAUCUUGUGGGCGGAACAGUGGGUGCCUCGUGACAGACAUGGAGACACUCCCAUUUUUGUCCUAGCUACUGCUGGACUCAGGAAGUUGCCAGUUGAGGAUGUUAGGCUGGUUUUGGAUGAUGUGGAGAGUAUUCUGAAGGAACGCUCGUUUGUUUAUAGGAGAAGUUGGAUAAGAGUUUUGAGUGGGAAAGAAGAGGCUUAUUAUGGUUGGGUGGCUUUGAACUAUAAGAUGGGGAAGUUAGGGAAUUCAUCGCAAGGAUCCACAUUAGGUCUACUAGAUCUGGGAGGUUCAUCGUUGCAGGUUGUUAUGGAAGUUCAUGGUGAGGAAAGAGAUAAUAUCCAUUUGAUAAGAACAAAGAUUGGUUCAGUCGAACGUCAGAUUUUAGCACACUCGUUGCAAUCAUUUGGCUUGAAUGAGGCAUUUGAUGGGACAGUUGCCAAGCUCAGUCAGUUGCAGCUGAUUAUAGGAAGCAAUGAUGAAAUAUCUAAAGUCAGGCAUCCUUGUCUAGGUUCUGAUUUCAUGCAAAAUUACACUUGCAAUGCUUGUAAUGGGCAUAAUAUUAGUCACCGGAAGAAUAUGAGUGGUCAAAUGCACAAGAGUGAAUAUACUUCUUUGGUUGGAGACCCAGAUUGGGAGCAAUGCAUAAGAAUUGCCAGGGCUGCGGCUAUUAACUCGAGCAGUUCAGAUACGUCACAUCCAACAGUUAGCAAUAAUUGCAAAGCAAGCCUCUCCUUUAACAGCGGCAGUGGCUUUCUUAAUUUGACAGCUGGUGCCUACCCAACCAGACGCUUUCAUGCUCUCUCUGGUUUUUUCGCUGUUACCAACAUAUUAGAUCUGGGUCCAAGAGCAAAUUUGACCAAGAUUUGGGAGAAAGGUGAGCAGCUGUGUUCAAAAUCAAGUGGUGAGUUGAGCAAGAUUUCUGAAAAACAAAAUUACUUUAGACAGUACUGUUUCCGGCUGCCUUAUAUGGCAUCCCUCAUUGAAGAUGCUUUGUGUCUUGGCAAUAAGGAAAUAAUUUUUGGUCCUGGAGAUCUUUCUUGGACAUUAGGAGCUGCACUGGUUGAAGGGGAAUACCUCUGGCUGAGCACUUCUAAAACAAGCAUUUCAUCCCUAACAAGCAUGGAGGUCAUAUAUUCUCCCAUUUUUGUUUCCCUUUUACUUCUCUUUCUUUUAUUUAUUGCUUACCAUAGUCAAAUCAAGCUGCCUAUGAUAGGAAAAAAGGGUCCUGCCAUUACAUCUUUACCAUCUUACCUUUAUCCCAAACACCGACCAAACUAAUGUUUGGUCUUUAGAUGUACGAAGUAAAGAAAUUGUGAGGGUAUGUAUUAUCAAAGCUUUCUUGUACAAUGAACAAUAAUAUUCAUUCUUUUAGAUUAUAAAUAUCAAUGAAAAUGGAUCAUGAAUGUUUAGAUA